UGGCAGCGAGCAGACGGCUGAGGCUGCAGCCUGCGUGUCGGAGGGAUUGCCAAUGGUGCACUAUGACAGAUAGCGCUGCACGUUUCUGCAGUAUCGGCGCUCCUUGCCCGCCUUGGAUUCGCACGAACCGGCGCAAAAACUGAAAAAAUAAACCCCAAAACAAAACACUGGAUUCUUGCGACCACCGUCUCGGACUUCCUGCAUUUUUUUAAAGUGGCCCUUCAAUGUCUAGAAGCGCAUGUAUGAAGAUGCCCUGUGGCUGAUCGUGACCAUGCUUUCAACAAAGCGCUCGGCAGGAGCGUGGGGAUGAAAUGGACGGAGCCAAAGGCCAAAGCACUGCACCAGCCCGGCAUGUCCAACGGCAGCAAGUCCCCCCCGCAGUCGGGAGAAGCUGCGAGCUCUAACCCAAUGGCAUGGGUUAAGAUGUUUAAGAAACCUGGAGGUGGAGGAGGCUUGAAGAAAUCUUACCAGCCUGGCAGCAUGUUGUCUCUCGCUCUCACCAAAGGCCUCCUGAAUGAACCGGGACAGAAUAGCUGCUUCCUAAACAGCGCUGUUCAGGUGCUUUGGCAGCUGGACAUUUUCAGGAGAAGUUUGCGGCACCUUUCUGGGCACUUUUGCCUUGGUGAUUCCUGCAUUUUCUGCGCAUUGAAGAGCAUAUUCAGCCAGUUCCAGCAGAGUCGUGAGCGCGUGCUGCCCUCGGACAGCCUGCGGAACGCCCUCGCCGAAACAUUCAAGGACGAGCAACGCUUCCAACUUGGCCUCAUGGACGACGCUGCCGAGUGCUUUGAAAACAUCUUGGAGCGCAUUCAUCUGCACAUUGUCUCAGACACUGCGACAGAUUCAUGUUCAUCCAAAUCCUGCAUUACUCAUCAGAAAUUUGCAAUGAUGCUUUACGAACAGUUUGUGUGCCGCUGCUGCGGUGCGUCAUCAGACCCUCACCCGUUCACAGAGUUAGUACACUACGUCUCAACCACUGCUCUAUGCCAACAGGUGGAUCGCACAACGGGGAGGACCGAGCGUCUCAGGUCAGACAUGUUUGGAGAAUUGCUGCAGGCAGCAAACAACACAGGCGACCUCCGCAGCUGCCCCCGAGACUGCGGUCAAAGCAUCAAGAUUCGCCGUGUUCUCAUGAACUGCCCGGAGAUCGUCACUAUCGGAUUUGUUUGGGAUGCGGAGCAAUCCGAUCUGACAGACGACGUCAUUCGGUCACUUGGCCCACGUUUGAAUUUGUGUGGGCUUUUCAACCGCGUCACAGAUGAAAAUGCCAAACGGAGCGAGCUACAUCUAGUGGGGAUGAUCUGUUUCUCCAGCAAACAUUAUUCGGCCUUUGCCUAUCACACCAAAUCUUCAAAGUGGAUGUUUUUUGAUGACGCUACUGUGAAAGAGAUCGGAUCCAAAUGGAAAGAUGUCACUUCUAAAUGCGUCAGGGGACAUUUUCAACCGCUUCUUCUGUUUUACACCAAUCCUGAAGGGACGGCGGUGUCUAACGAGGAUGCUCCAAGACAGACCACAAUGUGUCCUCGAUACAAAGGCCAAGUAAACGGUGAAGUAACUGUGAAAAAUCCCCUUGGAAGUCCAAACAGAUUCCAGGAUCCUUUUAUGGAGAAUCUGCAGAGACCGGGUGAAACAACAAAAAAGGACAGAGUACACAGAAGAAUAGACGCAUCCCAACAUAAAGAUAUGACACAUACACGAUCGGCCUCUUCUCCUGAGAAUGGGCCGAGGGAACAAAAAUGUAAAAGCUAUCCACGCAAUGAGAGGUCAGUGAUUCAUUCCAGCAGAGCAUCUCAGGAACCACGUGGACAAUCUCGGCCAACACAGGGUGGCGGGCACACUAAGAAGAACCACUUAUCUCCCAGUCGUUCCGAUCAGGACAGCCCCCAGGAUCAGUGGGAAAAUGGCGGGAGUGGAGGGGGCCGGAAUAAAGCAAAGUCCACUUGGAGACCCAUUCGUGAAGUGCUCAAUGUGGACACGGUACUCAACGAACUGGAGCAACGCCGGCAACAGCAACACGACAGCCCUCGACACGCGAAGACCUCGUCUCAGGAACGGACGCAUGCCGAACAAAGUCGGGACCGCGAGCGAGAACAUGUACGGACCAGAGACGACCGUAAGCAGAAGUGUUUGAUGACCAUCUACGAGGACGAGCAGCGACAUGAGACUGAGAGCCACAGCUCAGUGGAGUCGGACAGCAGGGUCACCCAGCAGAGGGGCAGCAGACUGACGGGUGGUGCCAAAACGCUGCUGAGGAGCGACACCUGGACAAUUCAAAGGACAGAGUCGGGCUAUGAGAGCAGCGACCGGCUCAGCAGUGGCUCCACAAAUCCCGACUCGCCAGGCGUUGACGGAUUCGCUGUCAAGGAGCAGCGGGCAACAACAGAAACCCAGUUACAGAGCCAGCUGCACCAUAAGGGAGGAGAUGCAAAAUCGAGUCUAACGUCCUCACCGUCACACAAUGGUAAACAUCAGGCAAAACCUCAGGGAAAGAACCACGACCCAGUUUCACAUUCACAUCUAAAGUGCAGUCCAAAUUCAAGGCGCAAGUCCAAGUACACUUCCAGCAACAGCAGAAAGGCUUCAGAGCGAGAGUGCGUGGCUCCAGAUAACAGGCAGAGCGAGCAGCAGGAGGUGACAAGCAGUCGAGGCCACGCGGGGGAAAGCGCGGCCCCAAGGCACGUCACAAAGACCAGCAGCUCGGAGUGGAACAGCUCAGAUGACCUUGCUCUCUCCGAGCCUGAGGAAAGAGAGACUUACCGCUCCAACGACGCCGCCGCCCCCAACUCGCAGUGUCCUCACGUCCCCCUGGCCUAUCAUCCCCCCGGCAACGCCGCCACAGAACCUCUCCAGCUGAGCAGUCAGCAUCAGCUCAGCACGACAGGCUCUCCUCACCUCCGACCCGGCCAGCGGCUCUCCCCUCAUCAGGGCGAAACAAGCGAGGCCGUGUUCCGCUCCAGGACGCUUCAAGAACCCUUCCAAGCGAGCCCUCGCCUUUCCACCUCAUCCUUCGUCAGCCCCCACAGGAAGCCUGACAUAUCCGGCCUGCGGACCUUCUCGGACGCCAGCUCCAAGUCGGGCUCGGAACCGGAAAGGAGCACCCCGUCGUCGUGCGAGAGCGACGACAGACUGCCGGGGUACAGAGCCGAGCAGGUGGCGUCUUCUCAGGAGGUCUCUCUCACCACGUACUUCAACGUGGACAACUGCAUGACGGAAACGUACCGUCUCAAGUACCACAACCAGAGGCCGCUGCUGCUGUCGGCCACGGUGCCGCGAGCAGCGGGUGCAUCGGAGCGACGGGACGCCGCUCUCGCUGCAGACACGCCAGAUGUGCAAAAAGCCAAACCCGAAUCAAGCAAUACGAGCAAUAAGCCCACUGCAAAAUGGAACCCGGUGACAGCCAAAGGCCUGGAUGAACGAGGCUUUUUAUGAGGCGACCUUUUGUUUACAUGCAUGAACCGUGUGGUCACAUGAGAUUGAAACUGGAUGCCAAAGAGUUUACGGAGUGGGAAUGCACCUUCUGAACAAAAGUAUUGGGACAGCGGCCCAUUCUGCAGCAGGGGUGUCCAAACUUGCCAAAAAAUUGUAGAAUAUGUACGAGGGACGGUACUUUGAUACAUUUUGUACAUUAAUACUGCAAAAAACAAUGCAAUGAAGGGCAAGCUAUGUUAAGUUAUUGGAAGCAAACCUUAGCUUUUGUUAUCGCCGAAAUAGUGUAAAUAUCUCUGAUGAUGAAUUAAUUUAGUUUUUACAUGAGAAAAACCGACUCGGGCCGCACUUUGGACACCCCUGACCUACAAGAAAAUAUGAAGAGUUAAUGUGCAAGAACCGAUUGUCCUUGUUUUGGGGAAAUCAAUGUUUUUUGUAGCGCUUUUUGAUGAAAAAGCCAUCUUGAUGAUGCGGGUUGCAAUUGGAUCGUUCCUAACGACCAAAAUGAUAGUCUCCAUUUGAAAACUGAACUUUUAUCACAAAAAUUUAAUUUUUGAAAUUUUGUACAAAUUUUGCAGCAAAAACAUACGUCUAAACGUUUCUUUGCAAAAACAGAGUACCCUGAAAACAGAUCAUUUUUUUCACUGUAAUAAAUGCAUUCCGUCCAAACAAACACCUUACACUGACCGCUGCAUCUCGACAUUGUACCAUUGACUGCUGCAUCAAAAGACAGCAACAGCAGAAUAAACACAUGAUUCAGUUCAUCAUUGGAGAGAGUAGGCGCUACACACAUAUCCUGUGCUUUAUGUACACAGGCAAUUUUUUCCACCGCACUGUCGACCUUUCUUACUCCCACAGAUUUAUCAGGACAGCGUCUCUUUUUGCGCCAACUCGGCGAGGGCACCAUCCGCUCACAGAUUUCAUCAAAGUUACUCAUUAUUGAUGCUUUAUUUUAGUUACAAUCAAAACAGACGCGAAACGAGUGAACAUGUGCGCUUGUCACUUUCUGAAGUAAAACGGAAUAUUCAGCAGUUAAAUGCGAAAGAAGAUAAGUCGCUUUUGCGGAAAAUUCGAUUUUACCUACCGGUAGACAAUGGUGUAAACUAGGGGUUGUUCUCAAUCUUAACCUUUUUGACCUCAGGGCCAAGCUUUUCCACUACAGAGGGUCCCACUUAAAUAUCACCACUAAAUUAGUAAUCUUACUCUUGAAUUUAAUCGUAUUCUAAAAUUUUAUCUAGCAUAGCAUUAGUAUAACAGGAUUAACCCUUUCAAAUGAUAUGAAAGCAUGUGUUCAUCACAAAUAUUAUUAUCAAUUCUUAGGUCAGGCCGAUUGCAAAAAUAUAUACUAAUCAAAUAAACUGCAAAAGAAGGGACUCAAAAAAACUGAGAAAAAAUUAAUUUACAUACAAUUAAGCAGUGCUAAAAUAAAUACAUUUAAACUACGGUAAAUGAAUAAUGAACAAUAACAUUAAUAUAUUUUUAGAAAGGCAGCAUGGUGGGAGAGGGGUUAGUGCGUCUGCCUCACAAUACGAAGGUCCUGAGCAGUCCUGGGUUCAAUCCCGGGCUCGGGAUCUUUCUGUGUGGAGUUUGCAUGUUCUCCCCGUGACUGCGUGGGUUCCCUCCGGGUACUCCAGCUUCCUCCCACCUCCAAAAACAUACACCUGUGGAUAGGUUGAUUGGCAACACUAAAUUGGCCCUAGUGUGUGAAUGUGAGUGUGAAUGUUGUCUGUCUAUCUGUGUUGGCCCUGUGAUGAGGUGGCGACUUGUCCAGGGUGUACCCCGCCUUCCGCCCGAUUGUAGCUGAGAUAGGUUCCAGCGCCCCCCGCGACCCCGAAGGGAUUAAGCGGUAGAAAAUGGAUGGAUGGAUGGAUGUAACAUUCAUAUACUUUUAAAUAAACUGUCAAUAAAAUGUGAGUGCAAAUGAGAAUACAGCGCCAGCAUUUUAGUCAUCAUUUUUGCGCUUAAAAUACAUUUCUCUUUGACUUUAGCUCUAGACUUCUCUUUGUUUGAGAUUGUCAUUACUGCCACAAGUGGUGGGAAAGUGUAUUACAGCUGAGAAAGAGAUAUAUUAGGCGGCCCAUUUAAUGAGUGGUUAAAAAACAUUGGUGUACUGUGAACUAAUUAGUGGUACUCACAAGUAAAAAUACGCAAAAUGGCUUUUUUUUUUUUUUUUUUGCGCAUGAACUCUUCAUAUAGAUCCCUUUUGCUGCUAUGCAAGGUUAAUAGCUGGCGUAUGUCCAUUUGUGAGGUCAGAGGUCACCGGUGUUGGACCUGAGAGAGGGCUCAAAAUCUCAGUACGAGAUUUAUGGGCUUCCGCACCAAACUCAUCCAAGCAUGCCUUUGUGGCCCUUGCUUUGUUUAUGCAUUGGGAACAGACAUAGGGCCUUCCCAAAGUGUGCCCGCAAGUGUUCAAUCGUUUGUGAUGACAAAUUUCAUUGAGAUGUGUCCCAAGACUUUUGUCCAUACAGCGUAUGCCGUGACACCCCCAAAAUGUAUUUAUGCAAGCUCGUCACUUAUAAGUGAAGCCUCGUUUAAAUAUGAAAGAUGUUCUGUAUAGCUUUAUACAUUAUUAACACUCCUUUCUCACACACAUUGUCUUCCACUUUUGCUUUUCACCUACGUCUGGACACUUUAUAUGUCGCACUGAAGCUCUUUCAAUCCUAUUUUGUUGUGGGAACAUGUUUAUUUUUGUAUUCGCGCUAUAAACAUGGAGAGGUGCUGUGGAAUCGAACACAAGGGUUUGGAGUUGUUAUAUGAUUGUCAAGGAUUAUGAUGUCCUACGUUCUCAGCCAGAAUCGAGCAAGUGUACAGUGGAUCCGUGCUUAUUCGCCAUUCAGCAUUCACAUCCCUGCAAAUUGGCAGAUUUUUUAUCCACCCAAAAUUGUUUUUUAGUUUUUUAUUGUUGACAAAUUACUGGUUGUAUUUUUUUCUCCAAAAAUAAGUUGUUUUUCAGUCUUUUUUUUUAAUUUUUUGCAGAUGAUACUUGUCAUUCAUUCUGAGUCAGUAAUCAUUUAUAAAUACUGUAGCUUAGGACCGACCGCAUGUCACAGCUAGCCGUCAGGCAGAUUGACGUGGCACUACCAGUGUUGCCAACUGUUAACAAGCAAUUAGCGACAAAUCUACAGACUUUUUUUUUAGAUGUUUUGGAGUCAUGAAAGCACUUUUCUCCCUGCAGUAAACGUCCUCAAUAAGCAGCAAGUGCUUUCAUUAACCCCUUUUCAGACAGUAGCCUCACGCAGCAGUCCCAGCUGCAGUCAGAGCAGACCGCAAAUGAAAUACCCGCUGUUUCCGCCAUAGUUUACAGAGCAAAAUGUAAAUGUUGAUUUUAUUCACGCUAAAAUAAAUCAAUACAACUUCCCAAUCUGUGGAGUGAAAUUACUGCCAAAACUCCACAAACACCUUUUUUUUUUUUACUCAUGCCCAACGAUUCACAAGUAAAAAAAACUAACAGUUUUGUUCAAUUAUAAAACAUUGCGCAAGUAAAAAAAUAAAACAAUUCUGCAAGUUAAAAAAAAUUCGCUGCAAGUAAAAAAAAGAUUCGCAAGUAUAAAAAUAAUUUUCUGCAAGUAUAAAAACAAUUUUCUCUAAGUAAAAGAACACCUCGCAAGUUAGAAAAAAGUAGUUUUUCAAUUAAAAAAAACAUUUGCAUUUAAAAAAAAACAUUUUCUGUGAGAAAAAAAAGAUUACAUUUUCUGCAAGUACAAAAAUAUUUUUGCAAGUAGAAUGAUUAGCAAGUAAACAAAAAUUUUGCAAGUAAAAAAAAAUUGUUUGCAAGUAUUAAACAAUUUUCUGCAAGUAUAAAAACAAUUUUUUGCAAAUAUAAAAACUAUUUUCUGCAAGUGAAAAAACAAUUUGCAAGUAAAAUUUCCUUUUUUUUUCUAUUUAAAACUAUUUUUUUCAAUUAAAAAACGUAUUGCACAUAAAUAAAUAAAAAAUUAUGCAAAUAAAAAAAAGAUUUUCACUUAUAAAAACAGUUUUCUCCAAAUAUAAACAUGCCCAACGAUUCACAAGUGAAAAAAAACAGUUUUGUUCAAUUAUAAAACAUUGUGCAAGUAAAAAAAAAAAACAAUUCUGCAAGUUAAAAACAAUUCGCUGCAAGUAAAAAAAAGAUUUGCAAGUAUAAAAACAAUUUUCUGCAAGUAUAAAAACAAUUUUCUCUAAGUAAAAGAACACCUCGCAAGUUAGAAAAAAGUAGUUUUUCAAUUAAAAAAAACAUUUUGCAUUUAAAAAAAACUUUCUGUGAGAAAAAACAGAUUACAUUUUCUGUAAGUACACAAAUAUUUUUGCAAGUAGAAUGAUUAGAAAGUAAACAAAAAUUUUGCAAGUAAAAAAAAAAUGUUUGUAAGUAUUAAACAAUUCUUUGCAAGUAUAAAAACAAUUUUCUGCAAAUAUAAAAACAAUUUUCUGCAAGUGAAAGAACAAUUUGCAAGUAAAAAUUACUUUUUUUUUCUAUUUAAAACAAUAUUUUUUGCACCAAAUAAUAGAAAUACAUUAAUAAAGUCAAAUACAAAUAAGGCAACAAGAGAAGUAUCCUACACUUCUCUUUUGUAGAGUAAAUCUGAACAGACGAUAUGGGCAUCUACAUCAACCAUAUGAGUUGCCUGAGAAGCUGGACAGGACAAAAAAUAAAAAAUAAAAAUAAUAAAAUAAAUAAAUAAAUAAAAUGUUUCAAUUAAAAAACGUUUUGUACAUAAAAAAAAUUAUGCAAGUAAAAAAAAAAUUUCACUUAUAAAAACAGUUUUCUCCAAGUAUAAACAUUAUUUUCUGCAAGUAAAAGAAAAGAUCGCGAGUAAAAAAUGUUCAAUUAAAAACAUUUUGCACAUAAAAAAAAUACAUUUUCUACAAGUGAAAAAAAAAAGGAAGCUUUGCACAUAUAGAAACCAUUUUCUGCAAGUAUAACAAAACUUUCCUGUAAGUAAAAGAACGAAUUGCAAGUUUAAAAAAUGCUUUUCUGCAAGUAAAAAAAAGAUUUUCUGCUAGUUAAAACUUUGGCAGUAUUAUUCCACACUUGCACUCGGAGUACCCAUAUUUCGCAAUCUACAACGAAGGGAAACAAGCUCAACCUGUAAGUUCACCCUUUCUUCUGUCCGCCAUUUUGCUCAUCACCCUGCUAUUUUUUUUUAAUACUUUUGGCGACAGCAUCCAUGCGCAAAAAAACGUAGCUCUGACCGCCUUAAAUUGACUCAGCAGCGCCACCUGUCAUUGUAGAGUACAAAUUAUGGGUGCUCCGAGUGCAAGCUGGAAUAUUACUUCCAAAAGUUUUAACUUGAAGAAAAAAAAUGUGAUACUUUAGUUAAUUGAGAUAAUGUAAAUUAUUAUCAGGAACACAGUGGAAAGUAACUAAAUCAUUGAGAUAUUGUCUUAAUUCAAUGUGAUUGGUGGGAACUAUUUUUUCUUCCGCCUAGAUAAGUACGCAAUGUGCAAGCGCAACGGCACGCUCAGUCAUUCAGUCUGUCAUUUGUUUGUUUAAGAAAGUUAAUUACUGGCAAUUAAAAUGAGUCACUUCGUUUGAUAAAACAGCAUGUGUCCUUUUAUUAUAGGCUAUUAGGAGUCUCUACGUACAGCCUUGAAUAUGAAUAAGAUAACGCAUUCAGUGCAGAAUAACGUAUCAUUUGUUUUGCCCUGUGAUUUUUUUUUUUUAAGGAUGAUUCCCCAAAAGCAGCAACACUUGAAAUACACUACUUUUUAUAUUUUACCGUACACGUACAUAUUAGGUAUAUUUGCACAAAGUAUCGGUAUCGGAUCGAUAUCGCCAAUACCAGCCUGAAUUUCACGCGAUAUCGGAUCGGAAAGAAAAUCAGUGGUAUCGCACAUCAUUCAUUACCUUCCAGUCUUUUGAUCAGAUUUGAUACUCAGUCUUGACAAUUACUCUAACAAGGCAGAGCAAACUUUAUUUAAAUUCAAAGAAGAAAACAAUCUAUUGCAGUUCUAAUUCAAAUGAGCAUUUUUCAAAACUCACUUUUUUAAUCUCUCCUCCGACGUUAUUCUUCUUUCCUGCAGCGUCCGUUGCGAUGCAAUAUGCAAAUGAGGCGAUGACGUCAUCUAGCGACUUUUAGGACAGCCAAUAGCGACUUUCGUACCUGAGGAGUUGGCAACACUGAGCAGACAGAAGUGCUGUUGUAGCGCUAGCUUGACGGCUAGGCUAAAAGCUGAGUCAUACUCGGAUUCCAUAUGUUCUAUAGAUCAUCUUUUGUUAUCAUUCGUUAGUGGUGAGUACAUUUUUUUAUCCAAACUGCGCUCAUUAGGUGUGUGAGACCUAUUUGGGGAUUAAAAGGGGUUGUUUGCAACUUGCUCGCUGUGACAUUUUUCAAAUCAAAAGAUAUAACACCACCAGCUAGCUUAUAGUAGCAUUAGUGGAUUAAUAGAACAUAUCUAAUCGUUUUUUUAAAUGUCUAUGUUUUUCACAUUAUAAACAAACUAUAUGUAAUAAAAACAUUCUCAUCAGCCCAAGAAAUGUGUCUGGUGUUCAGGCGGGUCAAACACAUACUUGCCAACCUUGAGACCUCCGAAUUCGGGAGAUAGUGGGGUGUAUAUAUUUUCAAGUAUUUCUUAUAUAUAUAUA